UUAUCCAACUCAAUGCUUCUCAGAUCCCCAUUGCUUCCGCAACUUCGGGAGAACUUGACCCUUGGAAUAGUUUUGUGCAACCUUCUAUCAAGAAACUACCUGCAUUGCGUGCCACAUACCCAACGCCAAAACUCUUAGCCUCCUCAAACAAUACCGCAUCAACGUUAAUCUUAAUGCUAUUAAUAUGUGGGGCCACCCAUUGCUCAGCUCCGUCCCCCGGUAGGAAACCGGCAAAUAAAGGUUCUAUAAUUGAAUUUUGAGCAACUAGCCAUUCAUUAAAUUUUAGAUUAUAUAAUUGAGAGACUAAUAAUGGAAUUAUUUAAUUCUCUGAAAACUACGUCGUUUUUAUCAUUACCGUUAGAGAAAACGACCACACACACCCACGCGCCCAUUAUUUUAUUCAACCGUUAAAACCCCACUUUCCCUCUAAAAAUUCAAUCUUUACUCAAACCAUCUUCAACCUCUCUCUCUCUCUCUCUAAUCUUCAAUCCAACACAAACCCAGAAAAACCCUUCUCCCAAUCUCACUAAAUAGUCCAAAUCUCCAUAGAAAUGUCUUCAAGAAAGCUUCUUGUUUUCUUCUUUUGCUUCCUUCUUUACUACUCAAAAAACCCACCUUUUGUACUAUCUUUACCUUCUUCUUCUUCUUCUGAUAAUGUCAGAUUGGAUUUCCCAUUUUUCAGUCUGAGAAACUUCACACUACUCGGAGAUUCUUAUCUCAGAAACGGCAUGAUUGGGUUAACAAGAGAGCUCGGUGUUCCAUCUUCAAGUGCUGGAACAGUAAUCUUCAAUAACCCAAUUAAGUUUUUUGACUCAGAAACUAAUACCACAGCUUCUUUCUCCACUAAAUUCUCUUUCACCAUUGCUAAUCUAAACCCUAGCUCUUUCGGGGACGGGUUAUCGUUCUUUCUUUCGCCGGAUAAUAGGAUUCUUGGUAGCCCUGGUGGUUAUUUGGGUCUUGUUAAUUCUUCUCAAUUGACCAAGAACAAGUUUUUGGCUAUUGAGUUUGAUACUCGUUUAGAUAUGCAUUUUGAUGAUCCAAAUGAUAAUCAUGUUGGGUUUGAUAUUGAGAGUCUUAAUUCAAUCAAAACUGCUAAUACUAUGUUGCAGGGGAUUAAUCUUAAAGCUGGGAAUGUAAUCACAACUUGGAUUGAUUACAAGAAUGUUCAAGAGAAGUUGAGUGUGUUCUUGAGUUACUCGAAUAUCAAACCCGAAAAGGCGAUUUUGAGUUUGGAUAUUAAUCUUUAUGAGUAUCUUACAGAGAAUAUGUAUGUGGGAUUUUCAGCUUCAACUGAAGGAAGUACUGAGCUUCAUUUGAUUGAGAAUUGGAGUUUUCAUACAUAUGGAUUUUUGUCUUUAAGAACAAGAAAAAAUCCUCAUAAUGUGUCUGAUAAUUCUGUGGCUUUUGUUACACCAAUGAUUCCUGAAGUUGAUUCUGAUUCUUCUUCAAGGAAUAAUCAUCACAAGAAGCUUGGUUUAGAGCUUGGAAUAGCUGUACCAGCCUUCUUUUUUGUUGCACUUGUUGUGUUUGUUUAUGUGUCUGUGAGAAGAUUAAACAGUAUUAAAACUCAAAAGCUUUUCUUCAAUCAUGAGCUUUUAACAUCUCCAAGAGAGUUUACUUAUAGAGAAUUGAAGUUAGCCACAAAGGGUUUUCAUUCAAGUAGGAUAAUUGGGCAUGGAGCAUUUGGUACUGUCUAUAAAGCUUUCUUUGUGAAUUCAGGUACAAUUGCUGCUGUGAAAAGAUCAAAGCAUUCACAUGAAGGUAAAACUGAAUUUCUUGCUGAGUUAUCUAUUAUUGCUUGUUUGAGACAUAAGAAUUUGGUUCAACUUCAAGGUUGGUGUGUUGAGAAAGGUGAAUUGUUACUUGUUUAUGAUUUCAUGCCUAAUGGUAGUCUUGAUAAAUUGCUUUACCAACAAGGACCUUAUUUGAGUUGGUCACAUAGACACAACAUUGCAGUUGGUUUAGCUUCUGUUUUGACUUAUCUUCAUCAAGAAUGUGAGCAACAAGUAAUCCAUAGAGAUAUCAAGACAGGAAAUGUUUUGCUUGAUGGAAACUUCAAUGCAAGAUUAGGCGAUUUCGGUUUAGCAAAACUCAUGGAUCAUGAUAAGAGCCCUGUUUCAACUCUAACUGCAGGAACAAUGGGAUACCUUGCUCCUGAGUAUCUUCAAUACGGUAAAGCAACCGAAAAGACUGAUGUUUUUAGCUUUGGUGUUGUGAUUCUUGAAGUUGCUUGUGGUAGAAGACCGAUAGAGCGGGAAAUCGAUACUCAGAAGAUGGUUAAUCUUGUUGAUUGGGUUUGGGGUUUGUAUUCUGAAGGGAAGAUCAUUGAAGCUGCUGAUAAAAGAUUGAAUGGCGAGUUUAAAGAGGAAGAAAUGAGAAAGCUUUUGCUUGUGGGGUUGAGUUGUGCUAACCCGGAUAGUAAUGAAAGGCCUACAAUGAGAAGAGUCUUACAGAUUUUGAGUAAUGAAGCUGAGCCUAUGGAAGUACCAAGAAUCAAACCAAGUCUUACUUUUUCUUGUAGUUUGCAUUAUACUUUGGAUGAUAUUGUUUCAGAUGAUGAUGAUGAUGAUCAAGUAGAAGAUUGUGAGAUUAAAGUUACUACUCAACAAUGAUUUUCAAGUGUUUGUUACUUAACAACAACAUUAGAUUUUAGAGUAGAUUGAUUGAUUUUCAAGUGUUUGUUAAUCCAUUCUUUGUAAUUUUUUUUUUCUCUUUUUCAAAUUGGAAUAUUGUUCAAUUUCAUCUAAUUGAACUAUUAUGUGAUCUCAGAUUCUUACUUACUAAUAUGUAAUAACAAUCUCUGUUUGAAAUGUAUACAAAGUUCCAAUCUUUUUGUGAUUUUUCUGAAAAA